GUGACGGAUGUCUAUCAUGUUGGUAUCAUGGAUAUGUUCCAAAUGAAGAAAAAUGAUACCUUUUUUGUUUUAUUUGUAAUAUAGAUACGGAUUUUUCUCAUAUUUUGCAAUUCAUACACAAAAUUGUUUGUAAAUAUGAUAAUAUUUAGUGUAUGAAAAGUUUAUAAUUAAAAUACAACAGAAAUAUUAAUAUAUUUGGUGGUUGCAUAACAUGCCCGGUUAACUGUUGGGUCUUUUUAAAAAUAUGCAUUGUUCAAAUAUUAGUAUAGUUUUUAAUACAUGCCUAAAAAUAGAUCGCAGCUUGAGACAAAAAUUAUCAAGCAUUUGGUACAAAGGUUACAUUUUUGGCAAUAGACCCCGUUUUUUCCAUUCAGCACCUACUGUGUGUCAAACCCAGAAGGAUGAUGUUGAAGUGCUCUUAACACCGCAAGAAGUGACAGUAAUUCUUCGUAAAAAUGAAUUUAAUAAAGAUUUCUCACAUGGCUCAGUCAAAUCAUAUGAUUCCAAUCAGUUGCAGUCAAAUGACCCAAUUGAAGAUACUCGAUGUGAAGCACAGUGCAAGAUGACACCAGGUUUACUGAUGGGAGUUUUUGAUGGGCAUGGUGGUCCAGCGUGCGCUCAAGUUGUGUCUAAGCGGCUUCUCAAAUACAUUGCUGCUGCUCUUCUACCCCACAAUCUGCUGCAAAACUAUAUCAAACAAGAACCUAGAGAGUUAAUAAUAGAUACUUUUAACGACAGGGCUGAAAUUGUGCAAGACCUUAAAUUAGUCUAUGAUAAAAGUUUCAAUGAAUAUUUGAAUAAACUCUCAGAGUCUGUCAAAGAUGAUACAAAUAUCGAGUUAUGUUUGGAAAAGGGCAUUAUGCAUUUAGAUGAAGAUAUUUCAAGGGAAGUCAUAGAACCCUUUAAAGAUAAUGGCACUAUUAAUCACAAAACACUCUCAGUAGCACUGUCAGGUGCAGUGGCAUGCAUAUCUUACAUAGACGGGCCACAUAUGCAUGUAGCUAAUGUAGGCGAUUGUAAUGCUGUUGUAGGUACAAUGACUGAGGAUAAUGAGUGGAUAGCCAAAAAAAUUACAAAAGAACAUAAUACGGAAAAUUACGAUGAAUUGAAGAGGAUAUGGAACGAACAUCCUGAGGAGGAACGUAAAACUGUGAUACGUAGGGAUAGACUUUUAGGUGAACUAGCACCCUUACGAAGUCUGGGGGACUGUAGGUAUAAGUGGUCAGCUGAGAUUUUAGCUGAAGUUGCAGUGCCUUUAAUCGGUCAAAAAGCCAUCCCUGCAAAUUAUUAUACGCCGCCUUAUCUUACUGCCAAACCAGAUAUUUAUUAUCACCGUCUAACACCAAAGGAUAAGUUCCUAAUUAUAGCGUCUGACGGCUUGUGGGAUAUGAUGACGCCAUUGCAAGCGGUAAAACUAGUUGGAGAACAUAUGAAAGGAAAAGUGUUUUUUAAUCCUCUUAAACUUCCUAAAAAGAAUAUUCAACUUGGAGAUAUAAAUGAGCUUCUUAUGCAUAGAAAAGAGAGUUUAAAAAGCAAACCAAAAGAUAGGAAUGCGGCUACGCAUCUCAUCAGACAUGCUAUUGGAGGUACUGAAUAUGGGGUGGACCAUUCUAGGUUGGCACAUUUACUAAGCUUAUCAUCUGAUGUUAGUCGAAUGUUUAGAGAUGACAUGACUGUUACGAUUGUUUACUUUGAUUCAGAAUUUCUGAGACAGUGUCCAGCGUAAUUUUAAUUUAAUAAAUACAAUAAAAAUAGUGUUUUGAAAUUAAAAUGUUGUUACUCCAACUUAUAAUUUAAUGGAAAUAGUGAUUGAUGAUUAUUUAAUUGAAAUUUAUAUGAUUAAAUUAUUUUAUUCUGUUUAGUAAAAAUCGAUUAUAGUUUGUUGUAAUUUAUUUAAUCGACCGAUCAAAGCGAAGAUUAAGAUUAAGACCCGAGUUCACCGACUUUCAUAUAAACGGCGUUUGCAGAACCGGCCCGUCAAAUAUUAAACAUAGUUUGAACAAGGAGCGUUUUUUUCCUGUUCACCAGACGCUUUUUGACUCUGGUUUGUAAACCGAGCGAUGGAGAACUACGAGUGAACGAUUUAUGAACAAUUUAUUUAUUAUCUAUAACAGCAUUGCCAACUUGCGAGGAAUUCCCCAAAUGGCGGGGAUUUUAUGGGAAAUUGCGGUAUGUUCUUUCCCCAAUUUGGGGAGUUUCUGCUUCGAUUUGUAGGGAUUUAGAAAAAUACGUAUUUGCAACACCGAUUUAUUAUGUACCAUGUCAAAUUGACAAAUGUUUGUCAUUUUGUUAUAUUUUUUUGUUUCGAAAACGAAGCUGCCUGCAUCCAGUGGCAUAAAACCUCAAAGCUAAGAAAUGAUUUAUUUAUGAGAGAAAAUGAAUUAUUUCUGAAAUGAAAAAUAAACUCUUUUAUAAUUUUACGGGUCUUUUGCAUUUUGGUAGUUGAGAAAGUAAUCUUCGUGAAACUUGCGAGCGUUACAAAAACAUAACUUGCACAUAUGUCUGUCAAAGACGUCUUAACCGGGGUAUCCACGCUCGGUUAAGAUAAACGCCCGAUUUACGUCCUUAACCAGCAUAUGAGCUGUGGUGAACAGGAAAUUUGGACUUAACGGCGUUUAACUUAUUUAAACGGUUGAUUAUUUUUAAACGAAUGUCGGUGAACUCGAACCUAAAUAUCUUAAUCUUUGCUUUUGAAACUUUAUGACAUUUUGAAAUAUAUAAAUAUAUCAAAUUUUUAAUAUAAUUUCAAUAAAUCAUAAUAAUUGUCUUUAUAAUUUAAUUUUAAUUGAAAUAUUUUAAUUAUAAUUUAUUGAUUGUAUUUGUCUUUAUUAGUUUUAUUAUUUAAUUUUGUUUUAUUAUUUAUUGUUUGAAUAUGAUUUAAAAUAAUAUAGGCCAUAAACUAUGCAAUCAAUAGCUUUAUUUAUGGUGUUCAAAAAGAGACCUCUUGGGAAUAUGUUUCCGCUUUUCUAACAUUACAAGUUUAUUUAAAUUUCACUGAUAAUACUAAUCACAAUAUAAUUUAACUUUUUUAAAAUCCUUACAUUUUAUAUUCUAAAUACAAGCUGAUUUCUUAAUUCUUCUAACAAUUCUUAAUAUUUAAGAAAUUUACUAUUAUAACCUUGAGGUUUCCAGCUAUUUACUAUUUUAUUUCCAAUUAUUUAUUUAAUGUUGCAUGCAGCUGGCCAGAAACUUAUUAUGUUUGUAUUAAAAUAUUAUUGUAAUUUUUGAAUAAUUGAUUGUUUAGUAAUAUAAAUUUUUAGAUGGAUAUGUUUGCAAAGUUUGGCUGGGAGGCUUCGGCCGUGGCUAGAUACCACUCUACCGCCAAGCGAUUUAGCGUAUGUAUGGUGUCGAGAAAGGGGUGUGGAUUUUCAUCCGACUCCUAACAAGUUAGCCCUCUGGCAUCUAGGACUGCAUCAUCACUACUUACCAUCAGAUAAGAUUGUAGUCAAGAGCUACCUUGUAAAGAAUUAAAAAAAACAUGAAUGUGUUGUCUUAAGUAAAAUCAUCAUUAAUUAACAAAUUUGUGACAGUGCAAAAAAUAUAUUUAAAGUUUGACUGUAGAAAUAUAAAAGAGGUAGAUUUUUGAUUGAUUUGAGUUUUGGUUGUCAAUAUUUCUGCAAAUUACUGAAUUUGUUUCUUCCUAAGUCUGUUUCUAUUUUCUUUUACAUUUUACAACUAAAAAAAACAAACAAAUUUGAUAGCUGUUUUAGUCAUUAAGCAUUUCAACAUUUGUCUGAAAUGUUGUGUGAUGUUGAUAACAUAGUGAUGUCAGGCUCCAUUUCCACGAGAGUUAAAAAAUCUAUGCGUUAAAACCCAGCGUUGGUGGGCGUACCGUAUAGUAUGAAGUUGAAUGAAAGUCUAUUAAGAAUACUACACUGAUCGAUAAAAUAGCUUCGUGUUUUAAAAAUGUUGGCAUGCGAACAUAUACUUGGGAAUGCAUUUGUUGUAUU